AUGAACUCGACCCUCCUCCUGGCAUUUCUGUCGUUCUGUGCCUUACUGUUAUAUCGACUGUCUGUCUCAUUUAAUCGUCGGCGUCCACCUCUCCCUCCUGGGCCCAAGGGACUCCCGCUCAUAGGGAACCUCUGGGAUGUGCCCCGGGCCGAAGACUACCCAUGGCACACCUAUGCUCGAUGGGCUACCACCUAUGGCGACCUCUUAUAUCUGGACAUACCCGGAAAUCCGACAGUUAUAAUCAACUCUGUCAAAGCAGCAGUUGAUCUCUUCGAAAAACGAUCCGGGAAUUAUUCUGAUAGGCCAGUUAACGGGAUGGGGUUUUAA